CAACCGCGCUAAAGUGGGGGAUUACUGUAUAACAGACAACCAAUGCAAUCAGAUUUUCCAAAUCCUGUACUAAAUCUUUCAAUGACUAAGUGUUUGUAAGUGAACAAUUAGGCAUUUUUUCAUCAUUUCAAGGUCGACUUAAACUGUUAGUUUAAAAUGCUUUUUGGCUCAUUUAAAAAGGUGCCAGGGUUUAUUCCCACCCUGUGCCUAGUGAUUGUGGGAAAUAAACGGAUCCAGACCACUCAGACCAAGUGUUUCUGAAAGACAAUUAAUGAAAAAUUAAAUCUAAUUCUUCUCUCAUUACUUGAAAACACUCAAUGUUCCAAUCAGUUUUAUUCUGCUAGUAGCCAUGACAUCACUGCUCUUUCAGAAGAAAAAAGCUCCACCUCAGAACAUCACGGCAUCAGAGCUCAGCCCUUGUAGCAAAUAUAAAAAUAGAAACACCCUACUUUCUCAAUCGCUCUUGGAUCACUGAAUCAUGGCAACGAUUUUCUACAACACGACAACAACUCAGGACUAUUCCGAGUAUGAAGACAUGAAAUUCUGGCAGUACAGACCCUCCAAUAACAACGUAACUGAGUUGAGAAGAGUCUUCGUCCCUACCCUCUACAGCAUCGUCUUCAUCGUGGGCUUAAUUGGAAAUGGCCUUGUUUUGUGUGUCCUGUUCAAAUAUCGCAAAACAUCCAACAUGUCAGAUGUGUGUCUCUUCAACCUGGCCCUUUCAGACCUCCUCUACCUGAUCUCACUGCCUUUCUGGGCUUAUUACACUGCCGUCUCUAAGUGGAUCUUCUGGAGCUUCAUGUGCAAUACAUUGUCUGCACUCUACAUGCUGGGAUUCUAUGGAAGUAUCUUCUUCAUGAUCCUCAUGACUAUUGAACGCUACACUGUCAUUGUCCAUGCCCAUAGGUUCCUGUUUCUCAAGCACCGGUCUGUCAGAGCUAGCAUAGUGCUGAUUUUGUUAAUUUGGACACUUAGCUUGGGAGCUUCUCUACCAACCAUCAUUUUCUCCCAAGUUAAGGACGGAUUAAAUGGGCAAACCUGCAGUGUGACAUAUCCAAAAGAGACAGCAUGGGCAUCAUUCUCUUACAUGGAGCUGAUCUUCCUUGGCUGGAUUAUUCCUCUCUCAGUGAUGGUGUUCUGCUACUCACGUAUCAUCCCCAUCUUAAUGGACAUGAAGUCUCAGAAAAAACACAAAGCAGUCAGACUCUUGCUGGUCUUGGUCAUUGUUUUCUUCCUCUUCUGGACACCCUACAACAUCGUCAUCUUCCUGAAGUUCCUGCAUCACCUUGGCUACAUGAUAGAUUAUAAGCGUGACCUAGACAUGGCUAUGCAGUGGGUGGAAACCAUAGCGCUCAGUCACUGCUGCAUCAACCCCAUCAUCUACGCCUUUGUGGGGCAGAAAUUCAGGAAUUUGUUUCUGAAGAUCUUGAAAGAGUGGUUUCCUCUUUGCUUUGUUCGAUGUAUAACAGUUGACAGUGGCUUCUCACAGAGGAUGGACACUGUGUACUCAUGCUCCUCAAUGAUGCCCAGCACAAGGAAAGAAUCGAGAGUGAUUGCUUGAUAUCAUCAACGU